CGUAGGUCUCUGCAGAUGAAGCGCGUGCUUUGUCUAUGCUGUGUUUGUGAGGGAGCCAACAUGGCUGCUCCUUUGGAGGUGAUUGUGAGCAGCGACUCCGGCUCGCAGCUGUGGAACAGCACCGUGUUUGACUUGCACAGCGGUUCCAGUCUGCUCUCGUACCGAGGAGGGAACAGCUCGGCCCGGACGCUCGCCAUCCUUCGAGGGGAGUUCCUGCUGUCCGCACAACUCGGAAAAAACUUCAUCAACAUGUGGGAAAUCCAGAGAAAGGAUCAGCUGCAACAGAAGAUUGUGUGUCCAGGUGUGGUCACUUGUCUGACCGCUUCCCCAAAUGGACAUUUCCUUGCUGCAGGAGUUGCUGAAGCCAUUUACUUGUGGGAUGUGAGCACAGGUAAACUGCUCUCUGCUCUCAGUCGUCACUAUCAGGACAUCACCUGUCUGAAGUUUACGGACGACGGCAGUCAUUUUAUUUCAGGAGGAAAAGACAACCUGGCUCUGGUAUGGAGUCUGUGCAGUGUGAUUCAGCUGGAUUUAACCCACACCACCGACCCUCGUCACAUUCUGGGACACCACUCUUUACCAAUCACAGACCUGCACUGUGGCAUGAUGGGAGCUCAAGCAAGAGUUGCCACUGCAUCCUUAGACCAGACUGUGAAGGUGUGGGAGCUCUCUUCAGGUGAACUGCUCUUUUCGGUGCUCUUUGAUGUGGAGAUUAUGUCUGUGACCUUUGACCCCUGCGAGUACUUCUUGUUCUGUGGAGGAAGUGAUGGAAACAUUUUCCAAGUGUCUCUUUGUGGUCAGAGUCUUGGUCGAGACAGAACCUUUCAGUCUGACAAUGACGGAAACCAGGUCUUCAAAGGUCACAGGAACUUGGUGACGUGUCUCUCAGUGUCUAUGGACGGGACCCUGCUCCUCUCUGGGUCACAUGAUGAGACCGUUCGGCUUUGGGACAUUGAAAGCAAACAAAGCAUCCGUUGCCUGUCCCACAAAGGUCCUGUGACCAAUGCCUUUAUUGUGGCGGCUCCAGCCAACAUGUUCCUGCCGGACAGUCGGCCCGCAGUCCCUUUACCUCGAUUCAGCCGACACCUACAAGGCUCUGAGGCUGACGGGGGGGAAGCUGGGGAAGUGUGUGUCCGGCUGGGUCUCUGCUUGCAGGCUGAAGAGGAGACAUACCUGCAGAAAGCUGAUAGGCUAAACUCUUUGAUGAACGCUGUGACAGACAAGUCUGUGUUUGGUGACGGUGAAAACACAAAGGUUCGAGUCGCAGAGUUGGAAGAAGAAGUUCAGACUCUCAAGAAAAUCAACAAAGAUCUUUACGACUUCUCCAGUCAGCUACUCACUAAGCCGACAUAGAUGUGCGCGCGCGCACACACAGAAACACACACACAGAAACACACACACACACACACACACACACACACACACACACACACACACACAAAAUGAUUUGUGUUCAUAAUAAAAGUAUUGUUUUGUGCAUGUUGA